AUGAUGACGAAGAAAUGUUUCGAGUCUGGGUGUACGAAUGAGGUUGAGUAUUCAUGCAAAUGCUCUUCUCCUAAGACUUUAUCUUGUGAAGUGCACAUUGGAAAGCAUGUAAACUUGCCUGAUAGAGUUCAUAACCUUGAAUCAAUGUUUAUCCAGCCUUGCGAAGGCACAAAAGAAGCAAUUCUUGAAUUCCUUACAAUAGAAAAUUCAAAAUGCAGCGAGCUGAGAAGAAAAAUCAUAGAUUCCUUUAAUAAGUGUCCAUUUAACUUAAAGAGAAAUUUAAGAGAUUUCAGAAAAAAAUUGGAUGAUUGCUCAGGUGAGAUAAAUGAUUUAUUUGCAAAAAUUUCCCAGGUUAAAAAAGUAUCAAAGCUAGAGCAAGAUCCAAUAUUAGGAUUAUUGGUUUUACAGCCUGGAGAAGCUGCUGAGAAAGUAAAAUUGAUGAUCAUAGCCAUGAAAGAUUGGUACAACGGUGCAAGAUUCUUUUAUAUAAUCGCUGAAAAGUUAGCGAGUUUAAAUAGAUCCUUUGCUAAAGAAAAAGGCGAUGCAUAUCUAGAAAAUAUGAAUAUGCAAAAUACUCCUGAAACGGAUAAUAAAACCAUAGAGUCAGCAAACGUUAAGGAUUCGGUUUCCUCGAUAAUGAAUGAAAACAGUGAGAGUUUAAAAGGGCCUGAAAACGCAAGCAAGUGAAUAAAAAAAAGCCUAAAAAGUGAGGCAAGUUUGCUUUAUUCUAAAAUAAGCGCUGUUUCUAAUUAUCUCAACAGUGAACCCAAGGAAACAGAAAGUGCUUUAAACCUUAUAGACACCUUAAGAAAUAAAACUGCUGAGAUAAUGAGUAGACCAAAUGAUUCAGAAAUAGAGAUGGAUUUCAAUACAACUUGCUCAGCAAUUCAUAUCCAUUCUCUUUUUUAUUAUCCACCACUAAGGCAAGCUUGCCAAGAUUAUUUUAAAGCUUAUCAACAAAAAACAUCUAUUUAUAAUGUUAUAAGAGAUGAGGAUGACAGAACCAAUUUAAUUAUUUAUAGCACUGAAACUGAAGCCCAAGAAAUUAAAAUCUUGCAUACCCCAGACCCACUAGACAGCUGCACUUGCAUAACUCAACUUCCAAAUGGCAAGCUAUUCUGUUUUGGUAAUUAUGAUUUUGGAGUUACAGUGCUAAUUGAUGUAAAUGGUGAAUCUGAAGUGUUGCCAUCUGGAACUCCUUGCAGAGAGUCGUCAUGUAUCUAUUUCAACAAUAGCGUCUAUUGCUUUGGAGGAUAUUAUAAUGAUUCUUUAACUCUAUCGAGUAGAUUUGAUUUGGAUCAAAAGCGAUGAAUUGAAUUAAUUCCAAUGCCAGAAAAUGAUUAUAGUUGCAAUAGUAUAGUAUUUAAUGGAAAUAUUUUGAUUUCUGGAUAUCGAAAUAGAAAUCUUUGGUUAUACUCAAUUGAUAUUGACUCUUUCUCGACGAUUCCUUAUGAGUUUGCAAAGAAGAAAAGAAAGAUCCUAAUCAAUGCAGAGAGAAUAUAUUUGAUUGAAUGCGGCAAUGGGUCAAUCUAUGAAAGCGAAAUUGGAAGCUACUCGAAUUGGAGAAGAAUAGGAAAAUCAAAAAUCAAUUGUAAUCCUGAUCAAGUGUAUUUUUCAUAUAAUAAAGGAGGAAUAUGCAUCUCAGUUCUUUUUGGAUCAAUUAGAGAAUAUUAUUAUUUUAAUAUAGAUCAAAAAAUCAUUAUUGAUGUUGCUUACUAUGAUGAGCAUAUCUCACUUAGAAGAGUAGGUAAAAAGAUUCAAGUAUUAAGGAGCGAUAAUCAGAAUUUUAAGAUCGAUCCUUAUUAUCUGGAUGAAUGCAAUGCAAAAGAUAUUGAUCUAAAGACUUUAGAUAGAAUCAAACGCUAUGACGAAAAAAUUUAAAUUCCAUCCAAAAGAUGGUUUUUUUUUACAAAAAUAAAGGCAGUGCUUUUUAUAAUUUAAAGCGAUAUCUAGAAGCAAUCGAAUGCUAUGACGAAGCAAUCAAACUCAAUCCAAAGGAUGCUUAUUUUUACUAUAGGAAAGGAUAUACUUUACAUGAAUUAGGAAGAUAUCCAGAAGCAGUAGAAAGCUAUGACGAAGCAAUCAAAAUCAUGCCAAACAUAGCCAAGUUUUAUAA